AUUAGCAGCUCAUACAAAGGAAAGGCUACCGGCUGGGGAUGGGGCCACUGAGGAGGUCCGCAGGAAGGGAGAAAGCCGGGUCUGCAAGCAGGUUCAGCUGAGUCCCCACAGAAUGGAGACAGACCACUGCAAAUAGUCCAAUACAGGGCUGGGGAUGAGACCGGGGAGAUUGCAAGGUGAAUUAUCAUGGACCAUAAAAAGGAAUAUUUACUUAACUUCAAAGGCUAUAAUUUUGAAAGAUCUUUAGUUAAAAUGAACAUAGUGGAAAAUAUGGAUGAUUACGAAAUUAGAGAUGAUGAUGUCUUCCUAGUCACGUUUCCAAAAUCUGGUACCAUCUGGACUCAACAGAUCCUCAGCUCGAUUUAUUUUGAGGGCCACCGAAACAGUACUGAAAAUAUCCAAACCACGGACAGAGUGCCAUUCUUUGAGUACAAUCUUCAUAAUUUGGACUUUGCCAAAAUGCCAUCACCACGCAUCUUUACCUCCCACCUCCCAUAUUAUUUAGUACCAAAAGGUCUCAAGAACAAGAAAAUCAAAAUUCUUUAUAUCUACAGAAAUCCUAAAGAUAUUUUGAACUCCUAUUUUCAUUUUUCAAAUUUGAUGACUAACCUUGAAGCUGCAAGUUCUAUGGAAAAUUUCCUGCAAAUGUUUCUAGAUGGGAGAGUGGUAGGAAGCUGUUGGUUUGACCACAUCAAAGGCUGGUAUGAACACAGACAUGACUUCAAUAUUAUGUUCCUGAGCUAUGAAGAUAUGAAGAAGGACCUCAGAAGCUCAGUGCUUAAAAUCUGCAGUUUUCUGGAGAAAAAACUGAGUGAUGAAGAUGUGGAUGCUGUUGUGAGACAAUCUAUGUUUCAGAACAUGAAAUCUGACCCACGAGCAAAUUAUGAAGAUAUUAUAAAAAAUGAAAUUGGGACAAGAAAUGAAGAGGGAAAAUUCCUCCGCAAAGGUACCAUUGGAGACUGGAAACAUCAUUUGACUGUGGAGCAGAAUGAAAGAUUUGACAGAAUAUUCUACGAGAACAUGAAAAACAUUCCCUUAAAGUUCAUCUGGGAUAUAAAUGAGGAGUAGAAUUUUAAUUACCAUGUGAAUUAAUCAUAUAAAAAUGUACUAGCUGGAGGCCAUAUUUUAACAUUAAAAUUAAUUAAUUUUGCUCACUUAACUAUUAAUCAUAAAGCACAAUUCAUGAGCAAAAUGAUUAACUUGUGUUGAGGUUGCUUGCCAUAACAUUAAUUUCAAAGGUGACCAUGAGCAUUGGUAUCCUUUACCAAAUGGUUUAACAGUAAGCACCAGACAAGGCUUGCAGAUACCUUCAGAGAAUAUUCUAUAGUUCACAUUUUCUUUCCCUUCAAUUAAUUUAGGAUCAAGUAAAUAUUAAAAAUCCAUUUAUUCUUAUAAUUGGACUUUAGUUCUUUGCCUUUAAAAUCAAUAAGACUGUUAAAAUAAAAAAGAAGAGAUGUCAUAUACAAACACAUAUG